AUGGCAGAGGAGCAGCCAAAGAAGAAUGACAUGAGCACCCCUUCGCACCCUAGAGACCACCUCUGCCUGUGCCCGCCAGACCCCAAGAUUCCUAGACCGCGAAAUUCAUUCAUUCUUUUCCGUCAGCACCAACAGGCCAGCAUCCUAGCACAGAAUCCAGGUAUUCCCAAUCCGGAGGUGUCAAAGAUUAUCGGCGAACAAUGGAGACAACUGUCAGCCGAGUCCAAAGAGGAAUGGAAUUUGCUUGCGGAAGAAGAGAAGGCCCGCCAUCAGCAGCAAUAUCCAGGCUACCGUUAUCAGCCACGUCGUAACGGCAGACUCAGCACUCAGUCCUCGGUGUCUGGACCAUCGUCUGCAGAGCCACAGGAGCCUUGUCCCAAGUGUGGAGGGAAACCGAUGAACUAUUACAGCAAUCAAACUCCAGCAUACACACCGUCGGCAUCCCAAGCUCAGCAAACCAUGGGGGCACAAGUUCCAGCUAAACGUGGCUAUGUUGUCAGCACCGCUCCUGGUCCACGAGUGCAUGGAUUACCGACCGUAUCGCCAGAGCAUGUCGCUCAGCAGAAAACCUUCGUCGAGACAUACCCUUUUCAGAGAGUUGAUCCUCGGUUGAUUUACGCAGUCCCGCCCGCUCAAGCCCUUCCUACUCCUCCAUCAUCCGAGUCACAAGAUGCGAAGAGGCGGCGGUUCAACAUUAGCGGGGGCUAUGUAUCUGCUCGCGAACCCUAUCCUGAGGCGCCAUACGCCUAUGCGCAGUCACCCAUUGUCACUACCACAUAUGCUCGCCCGGAGGUGUUGCAGCAGAUUCAUGCCUCCCAAAACCACGUUCAUGGACUUCCGGUCGCUAAACCUGCGAUGAUGUCUCCUCCUCGAGCCGUGUACCCUCACCCACCGCAACUACAACCUAUUCGGCCUCCGCAGCCUCAUCAGCGAACUAGAUCUGCCGUUGCCCUCCCACCGAUCGAGACGGUAGUGCCACCGACUCCAGCAAAAGUGUCUUCAGUGCAAUGUCAAAGUUCGGGGGUGGAGGCAAUGAUCAUGUCUAUACCAGUGUUGAACAAAGUCAAAGUGCUUGCUCAAAUUUCUCCGCCACUGCUUCCUCCCGGUCCCUCAUCUCCGAAACCUGAAAUACGUGGGGCUAUCAUUGCGAUCGAAGGCAUGGAUGCGAGCACCGUCGACAGCAUGACGACUUCACUGGCCGAGCAGCUUGGGAAGGAAGGGAAAUUCAUGGUCAGGAUCUUUGACGGGCCAGACCCAUAUUCUCUGCUCCCGAAUGGACAAACCGGAACCGGUCUUCGUGACAGCCGCCGCUGCUUGACUACAGAAGCAUACUUGAGCAUGCUCAGCCAAUGGCACAGAACCAACAAAGAGAUGGUCGAAUUUAUCACGACAAAACCUGGGUCGGCCGGAUAUUCUGGUUCGAAAACGUCGCCCAUCUCGCUAGACAGCCCCAAGAAUGACAUGUACCCGAUUGAGGGUACUGCGGAUCCAUCUACACCGAAAACUUUGCCGAGUCUGAAGAACAUGUAUGACUCGGCCAUAAGCCCCAAGACGAUCACCAAAGCCGCCGAACUGUCCAUAGUGUCCCCCCCAGCAAAGCCACGGAGUCGAAGCACUCCAGACUUUUCAAUGGAUAUGGGUGAGUCUACUAAUGACUCUGCCGGUGGCGUGCAAUCCAAUACUUGUACUCCUCGACCGCUGACCCUGGCCUUCCCACGACCGUUCAACUCAGCCUCAAAGCGCAUACCCCCCCCGCCGCCCACGCCGCCUCCUACGAUGUUACAGCUACCGGCACCGGCACCGGCAGCGUCACUUGCAAAACCUUCGUGGCAAAUGCCGCCUCCAAGCAUGUUUCAGGCUGUCUCGUCCGCAUCUAACCCGUUGGUGUCCGACCAUGAUGUUCCAGUACGACGACGACAGCAACAGCAACAACGAGAAGAACGGCAAUCAUCUGCACAGGGUGCCGCUGCCGGCAACAACGCUAUACCAAUAGCAUUGGUCCCACACUACCAGCUCACCACGGUCGACGCCUCGUCCAUUUCAAUGCCCAUCAGUGACGGUUUCUCCCCACCAGCUCACUGGCAAUGGUUUGCAACACUCUGGCGCGGCAGUGUCGGACCCGACAUCACGGUGGUGAUCAAAGGCUUGGAUGAAGAACAUGAAAGUGCCGAAGGUGCGAGAGCGACGGGCGGCUCUACAGCUAGUGCGAGUACUCCAGUCACAGUCGGUGGGCGUGACAGGACUUCAUCUGCCGGGUUGAGCUCGACUGUGACAGGCUCUCACUCGGGAGUGGAGAUCAGACUGCAUGACUGUCGCGCAGUCAUUGUCAAGACUGGCAUCAUUGGUUCAUCGACCACUGCGACAGCUGCGGAAGCUGGCGGUGAUGACAAGACGGCAAAGACCGGGGUCUCCGCACCAGCGUCAGUUCAUGCGGCAUAUCACGCGAAAGAGAUGGACAAUUGGGAGAAAGCGAAACGCAGAGUGGGCUUUGAAGUCGACGAGUUCUUGAGAAGAUGA